UGGCCGGAGAGAGCCGAGGGUUUCCGGAGCCAGCCGAAGCAUCUCCGACGGCCCUCGGGCAGAGUCGAGGGUCGCCGAGGCGCAGUAAUGGCGGCCGCCAGUGCUGCGGCGGGCGAGUCCGGCGAGGAACCGGUGGCGGAGGCCGAUACGUUGGCCGCGGCACGGGAGCGGAGCAGCCGCUUCUUGAGCGGACUGGAGCUGGUGAAGCAGGGUGCCGAGGCACGCGUGUUCCGCGGCCGCUUCCAGGGCCGCGCGGCCGUGGUGAAGCACCGCUUCCCCAAGGGCUACCGGCACCCGGCGCUGGAGGCGCGGCUCAGCCGGCGGCGGACCGUGCAGGAGGCCCGGGCGCUGCUCCGCUGCCGCCGCGCAGGCAUAUCUGCCCCCGUCGUCUUCUUUGUGGAUUACGCUUCCAACUGCUUGUUCAUGGAAGACAUUGAAGGCUCAGUGACUGUUCGAGAUCACAUCCAGUCCAUCCUGGAGACUGAGAAAACUCCCGAAAGGCUCCUGGGCUUGGCCCGGACCAUCGGGCAGGUUUUGGCUCGCAUGCACGACGAGGACCUCAUUCACGGCGACCUCACCACCUCCAACAUGCUCCUGAGACCGCCCCCGGAGCAGCUGGACAUCGUGCUCAUAGACUUCGGGCUGAGUUUCAUCUCGGCGCUUCCGGAAGAUAAGGGGGUCGACCUCUACGUGCUGGAGAAGGCCUUCCUCAGCACCCACCCCAACACCGAGAGUGUGUUCGAGGCCUUUCUGAAGAGCUACUCCGCCUCCUCCAAAAAGGCCAAGCCAGUGCUCAAAAAGCUCGACGAAGUGCGCCUGAGAGGAAGGAAGAGGUCCAUGGUCGGGUAGGAGCCUGCGCGGGGCGGCCGUGGACAGCGGGGCCUUUUGCUCCGAGGACGUUUGGAGGAACGCCGGGGGCAUGGAUUACACCUGAAAAAGCCAGGCUGUCUGUAUGUGCUGCCUGUGGUCAGGCUCGUCGGUGUCGUCAUUACCUGCGGUCGACUGUUCUCCCUGUGUCCGCCCCAUGUUGUAGGCGGGACUGAGUGUACAGCGCACCAGGGAUGGGCUUCUGCCGCAGGUGCACGGGUGUGACAUUAAAGAACGUCGAACCACGUGAUGAGAAGAUUAUUCUCUCGAUUCCUGGUGAGACCGGAACAAAGUCUCGGGGACAGCGUGUCUUUGGCUUCUCCGUUGUGUCCCUGACACGCUUCUGAAAGCCACUGUAGAGGGAGGCACCCCGCGCUUUUAAAACGAAGUAGAGUCAGAGACUGGGAGAUAACACAUGUGCCUUACGUGUCGUGUGGUGAACACUGUUUUGUGAGAUUUUAAACAUACGUAUAUGCAGACCAGGGUAUGUACUGGGUUUUAAUGUAAAAUAUAUCUUUGAGGUUCAUGGUGGGGAAAAAGAUGAAAAAUACUUGACUAAUUUCUCUUAAAAAUCUUUUAUAUGACA